AUGACCAAAGAAACGAAAGUUACUAAAAAACAAGGAAGGUGGAGAAGAAGCUAUAAGGCAUGUUUAAGUUGCCGAGCUAGAAAAGUCAGAUGUGAUCUGGGUCCUUUUGAUAACCCACACCCUCCACCUUGUACAAGAUGCAAAAGAGAGCAGAGAGAGUGUCUAUUUACAUCAAGGAACAGAGAAUCGAAACAUAUUGUAUCCGAAGAUGUUUCACCUGUUACAGAUUCUGUUAUCUCAUCAAUGACCGAAUCUGCCACCAUCUCAAAAGCUGAUAGUAACAAUAGUAAUAUUAGUGAACCAACAAAUGUAAAUGUGAAUAAUAAUAUAACUAGACAAAAUAAUAUGGCUCUCUCUAAUGUAAUCACUAAUGACACUAGUAUUAUGAUAUCAACUGAUAACAACAAUAAUAAAAACACCAUAAAGACUACAAGAAGUAAUACCAGGAAUGAUAAUGUUAGCGGAGAGCCCGUCAAAGGAACAUCUUCUAUUAAUGGAAAAUGGGGACUAGGUGUAACUUCUAUGCAGAAUACUUUGGAAUUUCUGGCUAAUGCGGCAGGUAGCGUUGCACAAGAGAAACAAAAAGGCACAGGAAUAACGCAGGUCAACCGACAUGUAACUCAACUUGAAACAGGUGCGAUUCAUCACAGCAAAGACUUAUCUGGUAGACCGACACCUUUCCUUGAUCCUUCAGAUGAAAAUAUAUUUGCACCACUAUUACAAACAUCUGGUUCUCAGAGACCAGCUUCUACUUUAAUGGAAAAAGUACGGAGUGUAAGGCCCCAAACUGCUAAUAAAUUAUCACAUGUCGAUUAUAUAGGUGACAAUAGUUUACUCUCUGAAAGGGAAGCUAUUGAAUUGAUUGAUGCCUUUUUUUUGUCGAUGCAUCCUUAUUUUCCAAAUAUCCCUAUUCAAUUACACGAUGCCCAAGAAUUGGCAGAGUACCCAAUAUUAUUAUGUGCCAUACUAACAGUAUCAUCACGAUACCACUCAUUUACUGAAUUCGGACUUAAUAAUGGUGACGAUAAUAAGCGUAAUAUAGAUGUACAUGAGAAAUUAUGGAGUCAUUGCCAAUGGAUGAUAUCCCAAACAAUAUGGGCUGAAGCAAGUACAAGGUCUAUUGGUACUGUCCUAGCGUUUAUAAUAUUGACGGAAUGGAACCCCAGACAAAUCCAUUUCAAAAAAGCUGAUUAUGCUAAUAAUUUAUACAAGAUAGUUGAAAAGAAUGACAAAGAAAUACCUACGGGUAUUGGUGCAAUUAGACGUAGUGACAGAAUGGCUUGGAUGUUUACAGGUACUGCUGUUAGAUUAGCACAAGACAUGGGUUUUAUUGAGACCAGUACGAAAAUAUUUGUUGCUACACACAUAUCCGAUACCUUUUCAAGCAUUAAUUUGAAUCAACGACCUGUGCUUGCGGAUACUUUCAGUGGAACUAGUCUAGGAAUGAAUAAUACUAGGGCCUCGGGUUAUAAAACUGAUUUAACUAACGUGGAUAAUGGGGUAGGGAAUGAGAAAUUCUUCCUGGAUGAAAUCUUAAAAAAUGAUGACAGUAAAGAAAGAUGGAAAAAUGUUUUAACAAAUUCUGGAAAUAGUUCGAACGAUCAGAAUUGCCCAUUGACUGAUCUUGAAAGGGAGUUUCUGAAUGAUGAAUAUACCCUAUAUUACUCCAACAAAGGUGAUGAUAUAUAUGAACAAUUUACGCCUUUGCCAUUUGCACUGAAUUUCUCACAUGCUCAGAGAGCCAAAAUAGAAUUGGUCAGAAUAACUCUGGUGGCUUAUGAAACAAUCUAUUAUGAUCAAGGGAAAAAGAAAAUGUCUUCAAACGAUCAAGUACAUAACUUAGCUGUUCUUGACAUCCUUUCUCCUCUUUUAGAUGGAUGGUACGGAAAUUAUCGUGACCUACUGAAACCUGUACCAGAGAUAUCAUAUGACAUCAACAUUAGAAAGAAUAAGAGAGCCGUGUAUCAAUUGAGCCAAAUAAUUAAUCGUGAGAGUAUCCUUUCAGAUUACUAUUAUUGCCAAUUAUACAUAUAUUCUCUUGCAUUACAAGCUGACAAUAAAGAAGGUUGCAAUGGAAAAUUAAGAAUUAAUGAGAUUAUAAAAAGUGCGAAAUACGUUGAACUGGCAUAUGUUGCUGCCAAAGAAAUCUUAGACUCAGCAUCAAGAGUACAUAAGAUAAAGAUGUUGAAAUACAUGCCAGUUCGUUGGGUAAUAAGAGUCGUCAGAUCCGUUUCAUUUAUGGUGAAAUGUUAUUUAACAUUGACUACCACUAAUGGCGCUCAAAGUAACGAUUCACAAUCUAUCCUUAAAUUAUGUUGUAUCUCACUAGAUGAAACUAUUAAUAUAAUCAGAAUAGCGGCUUUAAUCCUUAAAGAAGCUACCCCUGAUGAACUCCAUCUAUGCGUUAGAUAUUCGGCAAUAUUACUUUAUCUAUGUAAAGAAUUGAAGUUAAAGAAGAAAAGAAAUCAAGACUUACUACUUUCUCGUGGUGUCAUCGUCAAUGAAGGUAAUUUAACUGAGAGAACCAAAGUUAACCUGAAUUUUAAAAAUAAUGUAAGUAAUGUCGCAAUGAGUUCAUCAAAUGUUGGUAAUAAAGUUGGGACCAAAAAUAUCUCCACAAAUGUUACAAAGGGUGAUGAUAUUCCUGAUCCUAAAAACACUCUACCACACUACACUGGGAAUAACUCGUCUAAUUUUAGUUUAAUAAAGGUUAGCAACGAAGAUGAAAAUAAUAAUCCUAAUUAUAGGGAUAUUACCAAUUACCAAACAAAUUCAGAUUUAGAGCCCAAUACUAGUAUACUUAACAGUGUCGAUUAUAACAACAGCAAAGAUAACAUAACAUCCCACGCGAACAUUACCAUUUCGGAUAACGAUGCGGGAUAUUUCCAGUCGUUACCGGAUCAAGUCAUCGACUGGUUCGCCGUUAGGGAUGAUAUUGGGUUAGAUUUUGUAGAACCUUGGACUCAAAUGAUAGAACAACAGUAUUUGCAAAGCAACAAUGAUGUAUUUUCUGAAAUCGAGAAUCAACCCUUCUAG